AUGGAUGGAGACGGUGAACGAGCCGCUCGGGCACAGCUGUGUGUCCUGCAGCUGCGCUCCUUUCACUUGCAUCUCUUCUACGACCAGACUGACGGGCUUGUUGCCAUGCUGUACGGAGGGACACAGAGGCUUGCUGUCAUAUUCUUCAGGAAAGUCCUGACGGCGGUCAUCCAGAAUGGGGAUCGCAGCAGUGGCGUGUCUAGAAAUUUUUUGUUGGGGGUCCAGGUAAUUGAGUCCCGCACCUUGACCCUAGCGCGUUCCCUCACCCAGAAGCUCCAGACCACCUGCCUUGUCCUCGUCUCCAGCCUGCAGGGUCUCCCCAACCACAUCCAGCAGGAGGCGCUGUCUCUCGGCCACUCGGCCUCACAGGUGUACGCCAACUUCAGCAAAGCUAAGGCGCUGGGAGACCUGCCAGACACCGUGUUGACCAGCAGCAGAGUUCAGCUGAGCAAAAUGAAAGAGUCCCUGGACAACGUCAUGGAUUAUCUGAUCAACAACACGCCACUCAACUGGCUGGUGGGACCUUUCUAUCCACAGAUGGCUCCCGAGCCCACUCCCAUACCGGCCUCUGAAGACAGCAGCACCUACGCCACAUCCUCCAGCUCUUCUUCUACACAGGGACAGAGGGAGGAGCCCAUGGAGGUGGAGAUGGAAUCCCUGUAGUGAUCCAUUACAAUUUAAAGCUUAAUAUUCUGAAUUUUGUGGCAAUAUUUGACAGCUUUGUAUGCAAACUUUUUUUUUUUUUUAAUAAAUCUCAAAUGUAUUAGGACAGAACAUGAAAUAUGUAGUUCACAGUACCAAGAAAGUAAAUUUUAUUAACUUUAGAAUCUUGAACUACAAAACUAUUGUGCAAUUUCAUUCAUCAUACAAAUCAUUUAUCUGGAAAAAAUAAACCUGUGCUUGUUUCAGUAUAAACGAGUGAAAUCUG